AUGGAAAUUGACAACACGAUUCACUCCAUAUCAAUUAAUGAAAGAGCUUUUCCAGUAUUCUUUUGUAAAGAGCACCCAAAAUAUGAAUUAAAUCUCGUUUGUAGAGAAAAAAAAUGCAUGCAUAUGGGCUUAAUAUGUGCUAAAUGUUUGGAAGCAUUCCAUAUUAAUAAAUUACAUACCAAAAAUAGCUUUUUGGGAAUUGAUGAUGUAAUUAACUUAUGCUUAAAAGUUGCUAGUCCUGUUAUUUUAUCAUAGAAUACUCAUCCAGCGCACUUUAAAGAUGCCAAUUAUGAUAGCUAAUUUUACAGAUUGGAUAUACUCUGCAAAAGUAUAAUAGAAAAACUUAAAGAUUUUUAGUUAAAGAUUAAUUCUUUAGUCAAAAAACUCGAGUUAAAUUUAAAAGAGAACAUCAUACAAAUCAGAAAGAAAGCAGUAAAUAAUCUCGGAGAUGUAGGAGAGCUUUUAAAUUUAAUUCAUUAAAAAGUAGGGUAUUCUGAAAUUUAAGAUAAAACUACAAGACUACGAGAAUCUUAAAAAGAGCUAUUGAAAGAUAUAACUUAGAAUUAAUUAAAUUUUUGUAAUUAAAAUAUAAACUAAAAACUAAACUAAGUUAUUGAUAAAGAAGGAUAAAAUAAUUUCAGUAAAAGAAAUUUAUAAGAAGAAAAUAAGUAAAGGUAAUUUACUGAUAUUAUUAAUAGGAUAACUUCAAAAUUAUCAUUAGAUGCAAAGAUUAUUUAAAUUUAAGAAAUAAAUGAAUAUAUUAAUAAUUACGAAUAAGACUUAUUAGAAUAUGAACAUGAUUUAAAAAGCGAAAUUGAUACAAUUAUAGAUCAAACUUCACAAUUUAUAAAAAAAUAUUAUAACCAAAAAGAAAAUGCUGAAAUCAAAGAAAUCUUGUAAUUCUAGCAAAUUUAACAAUUAAAAGAAAAUAAAAUUUAUACUAACAUAGCUUUAAAUAAAUAAAACCUAUUAUUUAAAAGCUUUUAUAGUGGUCAAGUACCAUGCUGGAUUUAACUUGUAGAUAUAUUAAAAGAUGUCUCUUUAACUUAAAAUAUCAUUGUCUUAAUAUCAAGAGGAGAUAUAAUUACUAAAUAUUUAAAAACUGAUGUGCAAACUUUCUUACAAAAUGAUUCUUUUCUAGACUCAUUUACAAAUCAAAAUCUACUUGAAUACCAAAAUGAUGAGCUAUAAUCCAUGUAAUUACCUUAGCUCUUCCUCUAUACAAUCUGA